AUGCACAACGCUCAACUCGGACGGAAUCCGUUCUAUGACACGAACAACGUUGCACCUCAGAAACAAUCAAACGACGUCUUCUCCGGCAUGAAUCUGUCUAUGCAAGCCUUCAAUGCCACCCCGACGCCGAUCAAGGAGGAGCAGCUCAACCAGUUCAACAUGAGCUCAUGCUUCAACUAUUCCGGCCUCAAGCUGCCCGCCUGUCAUCCAGGAACAUUUUCCCAGCCU